AUGGUGCAGGGAGCAGCUGUCAUCAACUUCCCCUGUCGCUGUUUGUUCGUCAUCCUCGUCUUGGUGUUUCUCAUCAGCGAGGUGGGGACGUACAGCGGUGUCCACUACACCCAGCGCGGGGACCUCAACCUCGGGGGCUUGGUGCCUCUCCACGACUACGACGAGAAGAACCAAGAGUGCGGCAAGCUUCGCAACAUCGGGGCCCUGAAGCGGCAAGAAGCUAUGGUCUACGCCGUCGAAGCCAUCAACCGGAACACCAGCUUACUUCCCGGUGUCGUCCUGGGCUUCGAGAUCUACGACACCUGCUCUUCCAACGCCGUGACGCUCCGUGACUGCUUGAAUUUCAUCCCGCCCCAGCGGUGGAAUGGCAACUGCUCUCUCUUCAAGUCCAGCGAGCACUGCCCUGAGACCACACCGCCCAUAGUCGGCGUGGUUGGGGCGCAGAGAAGCGGCUCCAGCGUCCAAGCGGCCAUCCUACUCGGUCUUUACCAAAUCCCACAAGUUAGCUACCUGUCCACGAGUGACGAGCUGUCCAACAUCUACCGCUAUCCGUACUUCCUGCGGACCGUCGGACCCGACAGCUACCAGGUAGCGGCCAUAGCGGACCUGAUCGUGGAGUAUGGUUGGAAUUACGUCUCGUUCAUCAACUCCGACGACACGUACGGGAAGAGCGCGCAGCAGGCCUUCCGUACGACUGCGCAAAAGCUGGGCGUCUGCAUCGCCAUCACUCGCACGGUGUCCUUAUACGCCACGGACGAGACAUUUGACGAGCUUGUAACCGAGUUGGUAACUCUACAAACGAACAGUCAUGCAGUGGUAGUUAUUCUCUUUGUUCAACUCGAGAUGGCCAAGGACAUCUUUGCAGCGGCCACCAGAGCUGGGGCCAAGCAGAGGUUUAUCUGGAUCGGAAGCGAUGGCUGGGGCAACUAUGGGAACAGUGCGGUGGAGGGAAAUAUUAACGCUACAGUUGAAAGACUGGACACGGCAGACAAGAAAGUAUACCCACAGUCGUCGCUAGAAGCCAAAGAGAAGGAAAGAUGA